GUGUUUGGUAGAUGCUUUUGCGACAGUGUCGGUCGACCGGUGCCGCUCCACUUACGGCGGCAGCCGCGUUUCCGGCAGCGUGGGCGGUUUCCUGGCGGGGACGGCGCGCACGUGCAGGAGGCAGUAGAGGAUGUCUUUUCGUGGCAGAGGAGGUGGAGGAGGAAGAGGAGGUGGUGGCUUCAACCGUGGAGGAGGUGGCGGUGACAGAGGUGGCUUUAAUCGCGGCGGACGAGGUGGCUUUGGACGGGGAGGUGGAAGAGGAGGCUUCAACAGAGGCGGAUAUGACCAGGGCCCUCCAGAAAGGGUAGUUUUGUUGGGAGAGUUCAUGCAUCCCUGUGAAGAUGACAUUGUUUGCAAAUGCAAAACAGAAGAAAACAAGGUGCCUUAUUUCAAUGCACCAGUGUACUUGGAUAAUAAAGAACAGAUUGGCAAAGUGGAUGAAAUCUUUGGACAGCUGAGAGAUUUUUAUUUUUCAGUGAAACUGUCUGAGAACAUGAAAGCCUCUUCAUUUAAAAAAAUGCAAAAGUUUUACAUUGAUCCAGCAAAGCUACUACCUCUUCAGAGAUUUUUGCCAAGGCCCCCUGGAGAAAAAGGUGCUCCCAGAGGAGGUGGUAGAGGAGGACGUGGUGGUGGACGUGGGGCAGGAAGAGGCGGUGGUAGAGGAGGAUUUGGAGGAGGAAGAGGUGGAGGAAGAGGAGGAGGAGGAGGAUUCAGAGGAGGCAGAGGUGGAGGAGGAGGAUUCAGAGGAGGAAGAGGUGGUGGAGGAGGCUUUCGGGGAAGAGGACAUUAAAAAUGGAGCCAUGAAUAUCUCCCCGCUGUCUUACCAUGUCAUCUACAGAAGGGAAGAACCAGCAAAAAUUUUUGUAAAGGACCCUGAAAAAGUUGUUUUUAUAAAGAACUUGAAGGUGUAAGAUGAUGAUUAUUUUUACAGCUAGUGACUGCUGAUCAACACAUGAGGAGUGUAGCGCCAGGCGAAGAGCUGAAGACCACUCAGAAUAUAUGGACACUUUUCUAACUAAGCCAGAAUUCAAUGUUAUUCUUAAACUGUUUGUUUCUGACAAGCAGCAGUCAAAGCUUGACUUCGUGAUGGAGUUUGGAGUAAACAGUCAAUUGAAAUAGGUUCUCGGAAGACCCUUCAGGUUCACUACAUGCACAUUCAUCAGUGUGAACCUGUUACCUGUGCGUGACUGAUUCCUAAUUCUCAUCCUCCUCUUAUAUAGAAUCUUCUGGGUUGCUCUGAAAUGGACAUGCUGUUUAAACAACCUUUGUGAACCUUUUUUUAUAAACUAAACUUAAAUAUUUUGUGUUGAUAGAUUUUUUUUUUUAAAUACAUAAUAAUGUAUAAAAGAAAAGGAAGAUAGCAAAGUAUAUUUUGUGAUUUUUUUUGUACAAAUCUCAAUGAAAGCCAAAAGUGUUAAGAUAUGUGCUUCUUAGCAGCUGCUGUCUAAUGAAUAAGACAAGCUAGUACUAUACUUGAGUCACCUAAUUGUAUAUUAAAAAGCUAAGGGUUUUUAACCGUAGCUGCAUACUCCCUUAGCUUUUUUCUUUUGAGGUUUUGAUAUCCUGGCACUGCACCUCUGUGGUGCUCUGAGCUUGUGUAGGGCUAAGAUUAAAUAGCCCAUCAUUGGGCUCCUCUACACACAGUGCUUUUGGUUAUGUAUUGCUUAAAAAAGGCAUGAAAAAAUCAGCAUGAGUCUUUGGACUCUUUAAAUGGAUGCAUUAGGAUUUUUUGAAAGCUAGUGACUGUCUCUCCUUAUGGACAGAGGAGACCAGGGUACCUCUCUACUCUUGAACUUUGGAAAUAAAGUAAGGGGUAAAAAGUAGAAUCUCUCUGGACUUCAUCUGAAGCCAGGAGUAUCUUCAUAGAUUCUCCUACCAAGCACUUCUGAAAAGGGAUCUAUAGAAUAAUGUAUGUGCAAGUAUUUCGAACAUCUUGUUCCGUGUGAAAAGAAAUACAUUUCAGAACUGAUUGUACUGUUACACUUUUUAAUUGAUGAAUGCAGUACCAGGCAGAUGAAUUAUAUUAGCCUUCUGCUUAACAAAAAGAAACAGGUAGUUUUUCAGCACUAGAAUUGGACAGUUACUGGUCAUUUUAACAAAUGCGACUGUUAGUUUUAAUAGUCCCUGGAAUGAAACUUGAAACAAGGUGGAAAAAAAAUAUUAAAGAAUUCACUUAAGUGUGAACAGAUGCAGCAUAGGAUAAUAGGUAAUAAUAUUCUUCAGCUUAGAAAACCCCACAAACAUUGAAUUUCUGCUAUAUCUGGUUUUGUGAGAAGAAACUGAGUCUACCGUUUAGCCACAGAACUAUCUGGAACUGAAGGAUUCCCAUUAUUUUUGUGGUAUUGCUACAGUCUUAGCUUUAACCAGGUCAGUUAAAUCCAGAAUUCUCAGAAUGUUCAGGCUUUUGUUGCUGUGCAUUGCUAGACCUAAGUGACCUAGGGCAUUGACUGCCCUUCAACUAGACAGACUCCUAUGUGAGGAGUUACCAGUUGCAUUUCAGGCACACCACAUUGCAGUUGAACAAUAGGGACCAAGUGCAGCUGCGGUUGUCAGUGCUUCUGUCCUUUGUAGCUGCAUCUGCUGUGCUGUGUUCACUGAUGUUUCAGUAGCUAGUUGUGGGCAGCUGACUCAGAUUGUCUUUCCUUAUUCAUCUGACUUUGGAAGACUAACACAACACAGUCCUCACUCUUACACCCAAAUUCAUGCUCUGCUUUGCUAUUCGCACUGCAUGCUUUAGAGACAUGUUUUUUCCUGGAGUAUCAAAACAUUCCUGCCAUCCCUUUUGAAUUGCAUGUUGUGACAGCUGAUGGUUUGGUUGCAGUCAGUGCCACCUUCCUGCGGCUCAGGACAAGAUGUGUAUGCUUUGGAUCUCUCAGCAGAUGGAGCAGUGAGUCAGCUUGAAGCACGGUGAGGCCAAAGCAAAGGCUUUGACAUCUGUGUGCAGAGGGACUAAAGUGCAAUAUCCAUUGCAGCUCUGUAGAGAAGGUUGGCCUCUUGAUUAUAGGGGACAGACUGCAGUCUUAACUGAGAAGUGCAUGAGAAUCGUUAUGGUAUAUGGCCUAUGCAUACAAACAAUGUUGGAUGGAUUUUAUACAAAUAUACAGAGAAAAUUUAUAAUCUUAGAUCUUUUUGGAGGUUGUAGGAUGUUAGGAUAUAAGAAUGUCCUCAGUGAUUGGGUGUGAAUAUGAGGAAACUAACUAUUGUGUUUGUCAUAUAAUGCCUUUUUUUUUUCUUCUCCACUGUGGGGAAGGAUGGUGUUUGCCAGGCACAUCCAGUCCCUCUCCUGCCUUGUCUUCUCGGUGCCAUGACAUGACCCUGCCCUCCUAAUGUAAGGUGCUAACUGUAAUGGAUGAAAAUUCAGUCUCUUAAUAGACAGGUCUUGUCUGCAGUGUAAUGCUGUAAUGAACUAAAAUACAGAUUCUCUAAUUUUAUAUGA